UUUUGAGUCGUAUGCACCCUUUCCUAGCUUAUCUCAAGCCUUGUGGUCGUGUAAACUACGGUUCCGUUCCCUACACGUAAGCGGGACUCACCACUGUGACAGCAUAUCCACAGCGAAUGCGUUGACCAGAACUUGUUCGAAUCAAAGUCGGGAGCCUUUUCGUGUGCUCAAGCCGGCUGCCACUAACCAGCCAUUUCCUACGUCCCAGCGUCUGUGUUCUCCUUCAUUAUAAGCACACUUCUUUUGUGAGACUAGUGGUACCUGAGAAUUCCCGAAAACAUCAGGCGCGCAAGAAGCCUCAUCACAGGCAUUCUGCAUUGACGCGGCGGCUCUGUGUCCGUUUGGAUCAAGCGUCAGUUUGACACUAGCGAGUGUGCUUGUGUCGGAUAAUGUGGCGAUGCGAAGCUGAAGGUCGACCGACGUCGCUCGAAUGCAACUACGCCGAAUGCAGCGUUAUCGGGAUAGGGAAGCCUUUCAGGCGUUUUUUAUGCUUAGUGACGUCAGCCGAGUGAUGCCCUGGGUAGAUCGACAGUUGGUGCGGGGAAGGAGGAAGGCGGGAGACAGAGGAGAACGAAUCCGAGAGUAGAGAACGGGAGGAGUAAGGCACAGAAAUAUUGCCGUGUUUUGUGCAGCGGUUUGCGUUAUGUCUCGCUCGCGCACACCGCCCGAUCCAGCCUCGCAUGCCGUGACUUCAGGUCAGCAAGGUCGGCACUCUCUUGUCGCGAAGCAUGGCCCGUUCCGUGCAUGUAACGGGUAUGCACGGCGACAGGAGGGUGGCGGUGUGGAUAGAGUGGUUGGUCGUGGUGGGGAUCCAGAGGAGAACGAGGAGCAGGAGGAGGAGCAGGAGGAGGAGCAGGAGGAGGGGGAGGAGGAGGAGGGGGAGGAGGAGGGGAAGGAGGAGGAGGAGGGGGAGGAGGAGGAUGAUGAGGAAGGGGAUGAGGCCCUGGAGGUGUGUUCGCAGGGGGACGAUGCGUGGUAUGCUGCGAGGUUAUGGCUUCUCCCUGCGGGGAGACGAAGAAAUGGCGUGGCAGUGGGGGGUUCGGAUAACCAGCACGCGCACUCGCCGCGCAACCAUCACGCUGCAGCAGCAGCAGCAGGAGGGGCAGUGCCCAGCCACCGCAAGGCGGUGCAGCACCACGCCCCCCGGCGGCUACUGGUGGAGUUCCAGGGCUUCAGGGGGGAGGAGGAGGUGCUGGCGGCCGAGCAGCAGGUGCGGGCGCGCGUGCGGUACGUGUCGCAGCAGCUGCAGGACGGGCGCUGCUGGGAGGUCAAGCGCGGGGACACGGUGUGCGCGUAUCGGUACACUGACGACCAGUGCACGUACUUCGAUGCCCGCGUGCUCCAGGUGAUACCUCAGGAGCACGCAUGGGCCCAUGGAAAGGAGGAGUGCUGCUGCCGCUUCUCGCUGCUGUGGCUCGCAGGCCCGGCCGAGGGCCAGGUGACGGAGGCGGGGUGCGAGAACAUAUGCACGCUGGACCCCAGAGACGUCACGGUGUGCCAUCCCCUCGUCUCCUGGUACAUUCACUCCCAGGACCUGCUGCCCCCGCCUGAAGGGUUUAGACUCACCAAGCACAGGCAAGCUUGCUUGAAGUCUUCAGCUGCUGCUGCUGCUGCUCGAGCCGCGGGUGCGGGUGCUGGUGCUGGUCAUGCUCAUGGGGUGGGGUUGCUUGCCCUUAAGGGGCCCGAGGCUGCAGCAAGGAAGCGAGUGCGUAAGUGCAAAUGGAAAACCGGCGCUGCUGAGGAUGAGAGAAGGAAAGGCUUGUCCAGUCCCAGAAAGCAGGAGAGGGAGAAGGAGAAGAAAAGGAAGAAGAGGAAGUUGAGCCGGGGAGACGGAUACGCAGGGAGGGCCGAACGCGAUGCUGGGAGGCAUGCAAUGGUGCUGUACAGAGACAGGCGGCACGACGAGGAAACAGCACUUGCGCCUCCCAGUAACGACGUUAACGACGGUAACGAGAGCAAUGACCGCAGCAAUAACAGUGAUGAUGACAGCCCACAAGGAGAGCAGACAUUGCUGCACUCAGCACUGCCAGCGCCAACGCCAUCCCCGCUCAUCCCACUCUAUCGUAGUCACAGUCACAGUCACAGUAACAAUUACAAUCACAGUCACAGUCAUAGUCACAGUCACAGUCACAAUUACAAUCACGCUGCUGGUGCCUCACCCCUCACCCCCAUCGACCCUGCUCUCGUGCCCCAUCCCGAACUCCCUGCUGCUGCUGCUGCUGCUGCUGCAGAGUCACAGCCCUCCCACCGGCUCCCGGAAGGGGCGAAAGGGCACUUGAUUGGGUGUGAGUUUUCCGGUGUGAAAAUCCAACCUGGGAUGCGUUACCCUGGUUUUGUGCUGGGCCUGCCAGCUCAUGGGAGCACGUUGGGCGGAGGCGGAGGGGUUGGAAGUGGUGCUGGAGGCUCUUCUAGAAGAAAUGCAUUGAUGGGUGGGGAUGAUGGGAGAGAAGAAGAGCACAGCGGCAGUGAGAGGCGAAGCAAGGGCGAUGGGGAGCAAGGGGGCAGCACACCGAGACAGGUCUCAAGAAGCCCUUACAGCGAGCCCUACAGUGACGGGUACGGAGGGGGUGGUUCAAGGGCAAGGAGUGUCGACGGGGCAGGAGGGGCUGGGGAGACGUGGAACGUGGGCUGGGCAAGGGAGCGGGAUCAUAUGGGCGAGUCUAGGAGGAGCUUGGGCAGAGAUGGGCGCGGGGAUGCAUGUAGGAGGCAGGAUGCAGCUGAAGGGUUGGAAAGGGAAGGGACUAGGGAGCUGGGAAGGGAAGGUGAGCAUGAGGGACGAAGUCCGAGGGAGAGGGAGAGGCGGUUGAGGGAUUAUGGUAUGGAAGGGCAAAGGGAUCGGGAAAAGGGGAGAUAUAGGGACGAUGGAAGAAGCAGGGAGAGAGACCGGACGAGGGGAAGAGAGAGAGAUAAGUACAGCGAGAGGAGGAUGGAGCGAGAUAGGGAGAGGGAGGAGAGGGGUAGCGACAAGGACCAUUUGAGAGCAAGGGAAAGGCAGGUUGAGGCAGAGUCACUACGGAAUAGGCAGGGGCGGAUCUGGAACGUGGAGCGGGAAGGAGAGGCGAGGGGUGGCAAGAACAACUCACAUGACCAAGAGAGUCAUAUGGAGAGAGGUAGGGAAGGAGGACUUGGAAGGGGAUGGGAGCGGUCGCAUGACAGAGGGAGGGAGGAGGAGAUGUUGAUUGAUGGAGAGAAGGGCAGCAGCCGCAGCAGAAGCAGGGAUAGGGAACGCGCUGAGGAGAGGCAGCGAGACGGUGGGUUGAGUCCUGGGUCUGCUUUUGAGUCGAUUCAAAAGGAGAGGCAGCGAGACGGUGGGUUGAGUCCUGGGUCUGCUUUUGAGUCGAUUCAAAAGGAGAGGCAGCGAGACGGUGGGUUGAGUCCUGGGUCUGCUUUUGAGUCGAUUCAAAAGGAGAGGCAUCGAGACGGUGGGUUGAGUCCUGGGUCUGCUUUUGAGUCGAUUCAAAAGGAGAGGCAGCGAGACGGUGGGUUGAGUCCUGGGUCUGCUUUUGAGUCGAUUCAAAAGGAGAGGCAGCGAGACGGUGGGUUGAGUCCUGGGUCUGCUUUUGAGUCGAUUCAAAAGGAGAGGCAUCGAGACGGUGGGUUGAGUCCUGGGUCUGCUUUUGAGUCGAUUCAAAAGGAGAGGCAGCGAGACGGUGGGUUGAGUCCUGGGUCUGCUUUUGAGUCGAUUCAAAAGGAGAGGCAUCGAGACGGUGGGUUGAGUCCUGGGUCUGCUUUUGAGUCGAUUCAAAAGGAGAGGCAUCGAGACGGUGGGUUGAGUCCUGGGUCUGCUUUUGAGUCGAUUCAAAAGGAGAGGCAUCGAGACGGUGGGUUGAGUCCUGGGUCUGCUUUUGAGUCGAUUCAAAAGGAGAGGCAUCGAGACGGUGGGUUGAGUCCUGGGUCUGCUUUUGAGUCGAUUCAAAAGGAGAGGCAUCGAGACGGUGGGUUGAGUCCUGGGUCUGCUUUUGAGUCGAUUCAAAAGGAGAGGCAUCGAGACGGUGGGUUGAGUCCUGGGUCUGCUUUUGAGUCGAUUCAAAAGGAGAGGCAGCGAGACGGUGGGUUGAGUCCUGGGCGGGUAGAGGAUGGUGAGAUGGAGAGGCGGAGUAGGAGCAGGGAACGGGAUGGAUGGGGCAGGGAAUGGGAGGGAGAGGGGAGCGGAUGGGAGGGAGGGGGGAGGGGAUGGGAGGGAGGGGGCAGGGGAUGGCAGGGAGGGGGCAGGGGAUGGGACGGAGGUGGGAGGGGAUGGGAGGGAGGGCGGAGGGAAUGGGAAGGAGGUGGGAGGGGAUGGGAGGUAGGGGGGAGGGGAUGGGACAGAGAGGGGAGGGGAUGGGACGGAGGGGGGAGGGGAUGGCAGGGAGGGGGGAGGAGAUGGGAGGGAGGGGGCAGGGAACAGGGCCAGGAGGAGAGAGAAAGACAUGUGGAGCGGGAGAGGGAGAGGAGCUUCCGCAGGGAGCAUUUGGCGGACAGGAGCAGGCGAGCAGAUGACAAUGAUGGGGCUUUAAGAAGGGCAGAUGCGGGUCGAGGCUUGAGAGGGGAGUGGCGGGGAGAGGGGGAGAGAAGAGGAGUGGAGGGAGGAUAUGGCGCGAGAGGUGGAAGAGAGGGAGGAGGAGGGCGAGGAGGAGGUUUUAGGAGUGGAGAAGGGGGAGGAAGAGGAGGAGGAGGAGGAGGAGGAGGAGGAGGAGGGGGAGAAGGCAGUGGGUAUAGGAUGCAUGGGAGUGGGGUGGGUGGAGGAGGAGGAGGCGGAGGGGAUGAGGAGGAUGGUAGGCAAUGGAGGAGGGAGAGGGAGCACGCGAUUCCUGUAGCUACGACUCCUCCUGCUGCUUCUGCACCGGCUGCUGACGCUGCUCCUGUUGCUGCUGCUAACACCAGUGCUGAUGGCGCUGCUGCUGCUGCUGCUGCUGCUGCUACAACUGGUGGUGGUAGUGUUGAAAAAAACGGCGGUUCAAGUCCAAGAGGGCCUCCGCAACCGCUAGCUCCUUCCCCUACCUCUGGUGCUCCUUUUCCAAGUCGGGAGCAGCAGCAGCAGCGUGGCAACGGUAGGGUUGGCAGAGGGGGGCGUAUGGUGGCAGUCAGGGGCAGGUCUGUUGCUGUGAGGGGAGGGAGGGCUGGAGGCACGGGAAGAGGGCCGUUGGGACCAGCAGGGUCGCCAGCAGGCUCGUUGCCAGCAGGCUCGUUGCCAGCAGGCUCGUUGCCAGCAGGCUCGUUGCCAGCAGGCUCGUUGCCAGCAGGGUCAAUGGAGGCAGAAGCACGGAAAGCGAUAGCAGCAGUUUCACUAGCACCGGCAGCAGGUGGAGGAUCAGCAGCACCUGCAGCAACGAGUGAAGAAGCCGUGGCCCCUGCAGGAGUAGCAGUGCCAGCAUCAGCGAUUCCAGGGUCUGGUUCAGCUGCAGCAGCAGCACCAGCAGCACCAGCAGCAGGAAAAGCGCCACUGGGCGCAGCAGAAACAGCAGCAGCACCACCACCAGCAGAACCAGCAAGAGCACCAGCAGCAGCACCGCCAGCAGCAGCACCGCCAGAAGCAGCAUCCCUCAAAGGCCCAGCAGGUGAAGGCAGAGGGGUGAGAGCAGGUGGAGCAUUCCGAAGGCCAGUAGCAGUGAGGGGCGGCAGAUGCGGGCGAGCUGCCAUUCCCACUGCCUUCAGAGCGGCUCCUAGGACGGCUGGGCCUGGUAGGGACCCGGGGGUGAGUUCCAGUGCUGCUGGUGCUGAUGGCCCUGCUAGCUCUCCUGCUCCUGCUCCUGCUCCUGCUCCUGCUCCUGCUCCUCCUGCUGCUCCUCCUCCUGCUGCAGCUGCUCCCGGUGCACCCGCUGCAAUGAGUGCUGGUAGUGGUAGUGCAGCAGAGAAGGGGGAUCUUCUCGGUGAGGCAGAGGAUCUGGGAAUCCGGAGGGUGGGUGUGCAUAAAGGGAGUGGUGAGAAUGUGAGGGGCCUGGGUGAUGAAGAUAUGGGGCAGCAUGAGGAGGGAGGGGAGAUGGAAGGAGGGGAGAAAGAGGAGGAUGGGAGUAGUAACCACAGCAAGGAGGAAUGGGAGGGAGAGAGGCAGGAGGUGGAGGGUGCGGAUGCGGAUGGGCAUCAUGAUGCUGAUCACGAUGCCGCUGCUGAUGCUGAUGCUGAAGAUGAUGCCAUGGCAGCUGAUACUCCGCUGGUUGCUCUCAACUCACGUCCCUCUGGUGUUCUUGUGCGCCAGAGCACACCUCCUGCUGUUGUUGCGCCUGGCAGUCGUGCCAUUGCACCCUCCGCGCAGGGUGCAUGUGCCGCCACAGAUGACAGCACAGCCGUGGUCGUCAUAGAGAACCUCGAGGAUGAUACCGUGGCUCAAGACGUGCGAGACGUUGUGCAGGCGCUCACAGUAUUCCCGCUGCUGGCCGUCGCUCUUGUUCCCCGGCACCCCUUGCGCGACCCGCCCGGUGCCGCGUGGGCUGUCUUGCUCUUCCGGUCGCGGGACGAGGCGGCCAGCGUGGAGCGCUUCCUCGCGCACGACGCCGCUGUCAUGCCCACCGCCACCCGCAGGCCUUGGAGUGCCCGGCUGUUGGAUGGGGUAGCAGCUACGGCCCUUAAGCGACACCUGACUGCAACCCUACCGCCACAGCAGCAGCAGCAGCAGCAGCAGCAGCAGCAGGCACAUGCUGAGCACAUAGAUUCACACGCCGAGCCAUCUGCUUCGUCAGUAUCGUUUCGUGACUGGGUCAGAGUCGAGCCGGGGAAUUCGAGCGUAUCUGUAUCAACGCCAGCAGCUGGAAGCACACAGCUGACUGCAGCACCAGUGGCAGGGCCACCUCCCUCCACAAGCCAUUCCCAAUUAGCUCAGCCACUGUCCCUACCUCGGCCCGUCUCACCUCGGCCUGUGGCGCCCAGUGUCAGGAGCAUGGUACCGCCUCAUCUGUCACUCGUGCCAUGGCAGUCUGAGACAGCAGAGCUGCAGCGGCGGUGGAGGCGGAUGAAGCAGCGGCAGGAGAGGGAGAUGGCUGACAUGGCACGCAAGCACGCAGUGCAGGAGCAGCAGUUGCGGCUCACUUUCCGGUGAUUGGCCGGUGGAAGUUAUGUGAGCCAUUUUUCAAUGCCGACUUGGCAAGCUAGAGCAUGGCACGUUUGCCCAUCGGCGAGGAGCGAGAAAACGAUACAAGCAUGGCUCAGGAUUUGUACCUUAGGAGGGCGGAUGCAGCAGGCUGCAUCUGUGCUAGAAGAAGAUUUGCAAAUUUCAGGAAAUCUUACAGAAACGUCUAGAGUAGGGAACUUGCAAUGCAGAUGUAGCACACCUUGUAGUAAUGAAGGACGCUCUGUACCAGAAACGAGGAUUUAGGAUACCAAGAGUCACUGGAACGAGGUUUGUCAAGCAUCAGGUUCAGGCCCCCAGAAGUCAGGAAAAAUUUCCUGAUUCAGGAAAAAAACAGGGUGUUGAGGGGUACCAGAUC